AUGAAUGGUCUUCGCGAUCGAUACAUGAAGCAAGCUCCUAAUGAGAUUUCGCCGGAGAUUGCCAACAAUCCAAACUAUUUUCCUUACUUCAAGGAUUGCAUUGGUAUGAUAGAUGGAACACAUAUUGACGCAAUGUUACCCUCUAAUCUAGUUGCACGGUUUAGAGGGUGUAAAGGUGUAACGAAAAAUGUUUUAGCUGCGUGCACUCCAAAUAAACUGUUCUCAUAUGUCCUAGCUGGGUGGGAAGGCAAAUAUUAUCUUUGUGAUGCUGGAUACACUACCAUGCCUGGCUUCAUAUCUCCGUACCGUGGUGUACGUUAUCACUUAAAGGAACACAUUGGUAGGACACCCAGAAAUAGCAGGGAGUUGUUUAAUUUAAGACACUCUUCUUUACGGUCAAAAAUUGAAUCAACCUUUGGCACAUUGAAGAAUCGGUUCAAAAUUCUGAUGGCAAAGCCUAAUUAUCCAUUCCCCACACAAGUGGACAUCGUCUUAGCAUGUACUAUAUUACAUAAUUUCAUUGCAAUUGAAGAUCCACAAGAUGACAUCUUGAAUGAGAAUGUACUAAUUGAUGAGGAGAAUGAUGACAUGACAAACGAAGAUGCUACAAAUGUAGUUGACUUCACUCAAUCUAGGACACAAAGAGAGGAGCAUGAUGCAAGAAAUGAAUAG